GUGCACUUUACCGAGGCCAAAAUCCAAUUCUGGGGUCGUCCCCUUUCUAUUUCUUAACAAACAAACACACACCAUGGCUACCUUUUUCCCGUCUUCCGAUAAUUGAAACGACGUCGUAUAACCCAAUGACCCGAUAACAUCUGCGACUGCGACCGCAUCCUCGAACUCGAACGCUAACGCUCGAAAGUCCCCUGCCAACGCCGCCGUCGCGAUACACAAAGGAGCGACAGCGAACGCGAAACCGGCCGAGUCCAUCUCUCUCUCCUCCCCCUCCUUCUCCCUUCAACUCCUACUCCUAGUUCUAGGGGAACCACUUCUCCGGCAAGAUGGAACCGUCAUCACCAGCCUCGACGCUCGAGGGCCUCAAGGCCGCCGUCGAGCAGGUAGUCCUCAACCCGGCGUACCACGACCUCCUCGCCGUCGUCAAAGGCGCGCGCAACGGCGCCGUGUACGGAGCCAAGGUGCGCUUCCCCCACGCGCUCGUCAUGGUGUUCCUCUUCCGGCCCGGCACCCUCCGGGAGAAGGCGUCGCUCGUCUUCCGCGCGACGCGCACGCACGCGCAGAACCUCGCGCGCUUCGCCGUCAUAUACAAGCUGGUGCGCUUCCUGCUGAAGCGGUACGGGCCGGCGCCGGGGAAGGAAGGGCCGUACGACUCGUUCGUCGCGGGCCUGCUGGGCGGGUACGCCGUCUUCGGCGGCCGCUCGCGGCGCACGGGCAAAGUCCCCAGCGUCAACCAGCAGAUCGUGAUCUACGUGUUCGCGCGCGUCGUCCUGGCCCUCGCGCGCCUCGCCGUCAAGCCCGAGGGCGGGACGGGACUGCCCUUGAUAUCGCGGCAGGGCGUGUCCGAGUCCGUGUCGCGGUACGCCUGGCCCGUUUUCGCCUCCCUCUCCUGGGCUUGCGUCAUGCAUCUGUUCCGCUACCACCCCGACGACUUGCAACCGUCGCUUCGCGGCAGCAUGACGUAUAUCUACCAGCAGUCCGACCACUGGGAUAGCUUAAGGAAUUUCAUUUGGCAUAAUAAAUAGCGGCUUGUUUUCGCUGUUUUUUUUUCUUUUUUUUUUUCUUUAUAAAAGAUGGGAAAUGAUAGACUCCCGUGGGAGAGCAUUGGAGAGGACUCCAACGACUGCCAUACGAUAUCACUAACGGCGUUUAAUGUCGA